UCGCACUCUCAGUAUCCCGGGCUCGCCUAUCUGCCAUACGACAUUACUAACGUACACUGUCUAGGUUCCAUAUUACCUACUUACACGGUUGAUCAUACCAGAGCUGUGGGAAGGCUGCUGCAGUGCCCCGAACACAGCAGAGUCUCCUCCACUCGACUACUGGGCACCGCUGAGCGAGCAACGAACUGGGCUCCGUGACUGCCUACCUAUACCGCCGUCGUGUGGUCUCGUUCCGGAGGAUGAGGUACCUGAUAGACUAACGAACCACCUCGCACGCGGUCCAUAGGUCCUUAUCACCACGCGUCGCGUCUGCUUCUACCAGGCUACGCGGGCAGCAGCUAAGCGCCUGUCGCCUGGGCCUGCCGAAUGAUCGUCGUGCCGUGGUAGAGUCAGUGGAGUCCUGGGACGCCGUCGGGAUGGCCAGCACUACGGGCACUGGCACGGGCACUGGCACGGGCACUGGCGCUGGCACUGGCAAUGGCACUUUGGGGCUGAAUCCCGUUUGGGACGACAUGGAUCGAACUCUGGGUCAGCUCCUCAUGAUGGGAUUCGAGGGCACCAGCGUGACACCACAGAUCAAGAAGCUUAUUCAGGAGGACUAUCUGGGCUCCAUUCUGCUGAGUGCUAAAAAUCUCAAGAAUGCCGAGCAAUGUACUGAGCUGGUACUCGAGCUACAAAAGUUGGCCUAUGAUGCUGGCCAUCCAGUGCCGCUGCUCAUUGGCAUCGACCAGGAGAAUGGCGGCGUCAACAGCCUGUUCGACGAGAUCUACAUACGACAGUAUCCAUCUGCUAUGGGCCUGGCAGCGACGGGCUCCAAGGAGAUUGCGUAUGAAGUAGCGAAAGCGACUGCUGAAGAGAUUUCAGCAUGUGGCGUGAACCUGAUGAUGGGUCCAGUAUUAGACGUCUUGACUAAUGCAAGAAACCAGCCUUUAGGAGUACGUACCACUGGAGAUGACCCCCAGGAAGUUUCUGCCUAUGGUAUCGCCUUCAUGAAGGGAUAUAAGGAUGCUGGCUUGAGCACCAUGGGAAAGCACUUUCCAUCAUAUGGCAGCCUGGAGUUUCUAGGGUCCGCUUUGGACGUGCCUACCAUCACCGAGAGCCUUGAGUCGCUCAGUUUGAAUGCACUGGUGCCUUUCCGCAAUGCCAUCAAAGAGGGUUUGGACGCUAUGAUGGUGGGCGGCUGCGCGAUGUCUUCAGCUGGUCUGAAUGUCAUGCAUGCUUGCCUAUCCGAGCAAGUCGUGAACGAUCUUCUCAGAAACGACUUGCACUUUGACGGUGUGGUCAUCUCCGACUGUCUCGAAAUGGAGGCUCUCAGCCAUAACAUUGGCGUCGGUGGUGGCACCGUCAUGGCAAUCAACGCUGGCUGUGACAUCGUGCUACUGUGCCGCUCCUUCGUGCACCAGCAGGAGGCUAUCGAAGGCUUCAAGCUUGGAGUCGAGAAUGCAAUGAUGUCAAAGGACCGCUUGAAGCAGUCGCUGAAACGGGUACUUGACCUCAAGGCGAAAUGCACCACCUGGGAGAAAGCGCUGAAUCCCCAAGGCAUUGAGCUUCUAUCGCAGCUGCAGCCCUUGCACACUCAGCUAUCGACAAAAGCAUACAACUCAUCAAUCACAGUGGUGCGAGAUAAAAACCGAUUGUUGCCCCUCACUAAUGUCAUUGAGCCAGAGGACGAGCUUCUUCUGCUCACGCCGCUCGUCAAGCCCCUGGUAGCCUCUGCUGCUGCAAGAGCGCUCUCUGAGCAAGCCGCAAAUGGUUCUCCCGAGCCAGAACAUUUGCAGCGGAGUGCAUCGGUCAUGAGCGGCGAACGGGUGUUUCGAGAGCUGGGUCGAACGCUUGCUCGGCAGCGCACUGGCCGCGUGCUACACACAUCGUACACUGCGAACGGGGUGCGACCGCAGCAUGAGAACCUCAUUAGCAGAGCGAGUGCCAUUAUCAUCGUCACUGCCGACGCGAAUCGGAAUCUAUACCAGCACGGUUUCACGAAGCAUGUCUCGAUGAUAUGCAACAUGCAUUACACGUCUGCAGGCGAGAGGAGAGAGAAGCCACUGAUUGUGAUAUCUGUCAGCUCGCCGUAUGACUUUGCCAUGGACCAAAGCAUUGGCACAUACCUAUGCACAUAUGACUUCACCGAGACCGCACUCAUGUCGUUAGUGAAGGUUCUCUAUGGCGACUUCAUUCCUGCGGGUACUCUCCCUGGAUCGAUCAGCCAAAGUCAGAAGUUGUCGCAGUCCAAACAACACUGGCUCGUGGAGGCAUUCAAUGAGGAGCGCGACGCAAACUCGCUCGACGUCCUGGUCAAGGCGGUCGUAGAUGGCAAUGCACCCGGCUUGCACUCGGAAGUGGCAAGUGCAACAUCGCAUUCCUUUCUCCUGCGCAAUCCGGAGAUCCAUGAAGCGCACUUUGUGGUCAGAAAUAGCUCUACACAAGCGCUGUAUGGCUUCUGCGCCACGUACUUCUUUCCCGCCACAGGUACAGGCGUCAUAGGCGCCAUCUUUGUUGACCCGAGCAGGAGGAAACUUUCGAUCGGCCACUCGCUACACAAUCGUGCGAUACGCACCUUGCUCCAGAGAGAAGGUGUCAAACGCUUCCAGCUCGGCUCGCGUUUACCAAGCAUAUAUCUGGGAAUACCAACUGGCCAUGGAGGUGAACGCAAGCGUCUGAGGUCCUGGUUUGCGAAUCUAGGCUGGAAUACUGCUCUUUCCCGAGCAAUUUGCAGCAUGGUCGCUCGUGAUCUCUCGACGUGGUCCCCGCCUGACGGCAUGGCUAAGAGCUUGCAGAGUGCUGGGGUCGAUUUUGACCUAGUAUAUGGAUGGGACUACGCUGGGCCCGUCCUCGAUCAUAUUAAGACGAAUAAUAGACAAGGUCUGGCGGAAGUUUACCGGAUGGCGUUGGCCGACCCUUCAGCGUGUGGAAUCAUUCGUGCCAAACGGCCUGAAGAUGGAGCAAUCGUCGGUACUGUGGUGCUAUACAAUAUGCAAAGCUCACUUGCAGAGUUUAUACCGAGCAUGAAGGACCUGGGAGAACUUGCCGGUGGCAUCUCGUCACCAGUCAUCAGCCCCAGUGUGGGAGAGUACUCGACACUGCUGCAAGGCCUGAUCUUGCUCGGGAUGAGGCAAGUAAAGAAUCAGGGCUGCAACGUGUGCAUUCUGGAUUAUAUGGACGGCGACGGAAAUUUCGAUGGCCUGAGUGGUAUGGGCUUCAGCGUACUGCACAACUUUGAAGAAGUCAGCUGUGAUGCUGCAACCUGGACCAAAAUCCCGCCUUCUUGACAGCGUUUGCUAAUUAAUGGUUGAUUCCCCUAUGACAUGGCACGUGCUAUUUAUGUACUUGAUAUACCCUCAUCUCCACAGUGCUACGAUAUAAUCUAGUCAAUGAUGUUCGAGUUGCCCAACAAC